CACAUGGCUCGUCAGGUGAUGUAUGUUUCCGACCACCUGCGGUGCAGCUGUAGACUGUUUUGGAGUGCAGGCCUGACCCCGGAGUCUGAGGCUGCCAAAUAAAGGCUUGCGUGCUGAACUCUGCACCCCCAGAAGUUCCAGUUUUCCUGGCCUUGAAGAGUGCCAUCACUUUGGCGAGGCGUCAGAGGACAGCGGGUGCCUAUUGUGUCUGGGGGCAAUUCAUCACAAGUGGAAGAAGUCAUCCUUCUUGUGCUCACUCACUUCUAUGGUUCAACACCUGAGAGGAGUACAAAGGGAGCAGUGUCGUCUUACCACAGGGGCGUGUGCGUGUCUCUGCCGGAGCCAGUCAUGACUGACCAACUGCCUCCCCAGCAAAGGGACCCGCUGCUCAACAAGUUCCAGCAAGGGAACCUCCCCAAUGGGAAGGGAGCCACCAAAGACACCCUGCAUGCCAGAGGCCAGUGGGCCAGCAAGGCUGAGUUCCUCCUGGCCGUGGCGGGGCAGAUUAUCGGCCUGGGCAACGUCUGGAGGUUCCCCUACCUCUGCUACAAGAACGGAGGAGGUGUGUUCUUUGUGCCCUACUUGUUGUUCCUGGUGCUGUGCGGCAUCCCCCUCUUCCUCCUGGAGACCUCGCUGGGACAGUUCACCAGCCUGGGAGGUGUCAGCGCCUGGAGGACUAUCUGCCCAUUAUUUGGAGGUCUCGGUUAUGCAAGCCAGGUGAUGAUCCUGCAUGGCUGCGUUUACUACAUCGUCAUCCUGGCCUGGGCUCUCUUCUACCUGUCGUACAGCUUCCAGGCAGAGCUGCCGUGGUCGCACUGUAACAACACAUGGAACACUGAGGCGUGUGUGUUGUUCGACCGCCACAACCAGACUGCCAAUGUGAGCAGCCUGCCUGAGAACGCUUCAUCUCCCGUAAUGGAGUUCUGGGAGCGGGAGGUCCUCCGCCUGUCCAGCAACUUAGACGAGCUGGGCCCGAUCAGCUGGAAGCUGGCUCUGUGUCUGGCCGUCGUCUGGCUUGUCUGUUACUUCUGCGUCUGGAAGGGAGUGAAGUCCACCGGCAAGGUGGUGUACCUGACAGCCACCUUCCCAUAUGUCAUGCUGUUUGUGCUGCUGGUGCGCGGUGCCACCCUGCCCGGAGCGACCCAGGGCAUCAUCUACUACCUCAAACCCAACCACACUCGCCUGGCAGACCCACAGGUAUGGAUGGAUGCAGGUACCCAGAUAUUUUUCUCUUACGGAAUCUGCUUGGGAAGUCUCACAGCUCUGGGCAGUUACAACAAAUACAACAACGACUGCUAUAAGGACUCUUUCAUGCUGUGCCUCCUGAACAGCGGCACCAGUUUCCUGGCAGGUUUCGCCAUCUUCUCGGUGCUGGGUUUCAUGGCUGAGGAGCAGGGCGUGGACAUAGCCACCGUGGCUCAGUCAGGUCCUGGCCUUGCCUUCAUCGCCUACCCCAGAGCUGUAGCCAUGAUGCCUCUACCUCAACUCUGGGCUGUCUGCUUCUUCCUCAUGAUCAUCAUGCUGGGGCUGGACACACAGUUUGUGAGUCUGGAGGCCCUGAUGACGUCAGUGACUGACCUUUACCCUCACCUGAUCAGACGAGGUCACCGCCGAGAGCUGCUGCUGCUGUUUGUCUGUGUCGUCUGCUUCCUGAUCGGACUGGUCAUGGUCACGCCGGGAGGUCUGUACGUGUUCCAGAUCUAUGACCAUUUCUCCUGCAGUGGAGCCAGCCUGCUGCUCCUCUCCAUCUUCCAGUCUCUGGCCAUCGGAUGGGUUUACGGAGCCGAGCGCUUCAGCGCCAACAUCAGGGAUAUGACCGGCUACAGCCCACUGCCUGUCUUCAAGCUGUGCUGGAAAUACUUGACCCCAGCUGUGUGCACUGCUACCUUUGUGUUCUCCCUGGUGUGCUGGUCUCCGUUGAGCCUGGGGAAAGGCCUGGUGGCCCCAGUCUGGGCCACCACGCUGGGCUGGCUCCUUACCUUCUCGUCUGUCUCCCUGCUUCCCAUUUGGGCCAUUUAUGCCCUCGCCACCACCCCGGGAACCCUGCAGCAGCGCUUCCAGCGUCUGUGCAGCCCAGCCAAACACCCAUCACUGGCCUUCCACCACCUGUCCACCAACAACGCAGCGCCGCCCUACAGCCCCGCGCUGCCUCUCACCGAGAAGCCCAAGGAGCCCAUCAUCAACAUCAUCCAGGAUCACAUGAUCACAUGAUGGGAUGUAACGUUGGAUGCUGCUCAGCCAAUCAGGUGUGGCGAAGGGGAGGGUCGAGGUUAGGGUUAAUGCUGCUGGGUCCCAAAUGAGGGGCUGGAACCCUGUUAGUCAUUAUCUGUAGUCUUUAUUUAUAAAUUUAAGAGUCAGAGGAAGCGAUUUUUGAUUCUGAUAUUUUGGCAAAUAUCAGGUGGUGAUAUUUGCAUCCACCUGGUUAUUUUUGAUUAGACAAAUAGAAAAGGCUUGAAAUAAACUUCACUUAAAAACUCCACUCAAGGGUCACUUACUCAGUUAUUCUGUAGCUUUCAGUCAUAUCAUAUGGUCCUCCUCAGCAGAUAGAGUUUAGUUAGUUGGUUUAGUCGUGGAACUAUAGAUGUGAUGGUCAAAAUUUCCAUUACUCUGAACACUUCUAGGACUUUCUGAAAGCUCCAGAACAAGAGGACCUUGAGUUGGAUAGUUUUAUGCACAUGAAUAUAUGUUGUCAUUAGAGCGGUGCAUCUGCCUGGUGUUAAAUUUAACAAGAACCACCUGAACGCACCAUUAGUUCUGCCCUCUGUGAGGCUCAAUCGCCCCACUUGGGGAGAAGAAGGUGUAGGCUCAGUCUCCUACAGAGGAUCCAGUCCUGAGUUGGGACUCAGUUCGCUUCACCAUUAAGACCUGCCCCAUCCCUGUUACCCGCUACCAGUUGGUUAUUCUAAAACAGCACACAGCAACUCCUUUUUUAUUUUCCAGUUUAACGACUGUAUUUGUGGACCAUUUUGAUCACAGCCUCUUAAGCCAUGCAAGGCACAAGAUGCAGCUAAAUAACAACGCAAGUGUUUUUGUUUUGUUUUUAUUUUUUAGCAAUCAUUAGAGUUAUCAUUUUUAGCCUCCAACUCUUCUCUGUGAGAGAUCAUUGCUUACGUGCAUAGCUUUGAUUCUCCACUUAAUGUUUCUUUCAUGUUGUGUUUGGGUGCAGGUAUCAUCUGACAUGACUCUGAGAGUCAGACAUGUUUUGUACAGUGAUUUAUCUGGACUUUUUUGGAUGUGCUUCAUCCUCUGUGAUCACCAUAUCAUGGAGUCCAAAUGGUUCAUACUCCGCCUUACAUCCAGGUGGUGCUAAUGCGAGGAUUGCAUUGGCCAAACAACGCUUCUUACUGCCAAUAUAUCAAGUACACAAUUUAAUGCCGUGGUUAACUCUUUAUCAGUGACAAAAUGAUGUCCGGUAACUGUUUUCAUCCAUUUCACCUAUCUGUCUUUAUUUUAGUGGUUGACAUUUGUUUCAAGUGCAGUUUCUGCAAAAGUAAAUGGAAUUAUUUGCACAUCUUUGCACUAUACCAAAAACAACUAUCAUUUAUUAAGCUGGAAAACAUGUAAUCAUAGUAUCUGACUCAGUAUAUAUUAACACAAUAUUACAAAACUGCUGCUGCUGUGUAGACAAAACUGAUUCUUUUGUUAUUCUGAGCACCAAAUGUUUAACUUAAAAUGUUAAAAUAGGUUUUUAAGAUGAAGCUAACUGUAUUUAAACUGCAAAAUAACACGUCACUCCAAUGUGAUUCUCAUUACUAGAGGACUUUACAGUGUGGUGACAUGCAGUAGAAGUAAAAAUGAAGACAGGACCUCUAUGCAGUGUAGGGUUGCUUAUAUUUUUCAAAAGUGAAUUUGAAGAAAUAUGCUCUCAAAGGAAAUUUAUCAUAGCUAGAAAUGUUUUUAAUAAUUAUCCCUGCUCAUAAAAUGAUGUUAAAUUCAUACAGUUUAUUAGAGGUAUCACUCAUAGUACAGUCACUACAGAUUUUUACAAUAUCAGACAAGAAGAGGAUUUGAAUACUUUACUCAUGCUUUUUUUCAUCACCAUGAUGUGUCAUAGUGUCUCAAUGGGGAAGUCAUCAUUAACUUACUGUACUUGUAAGUCUAGGACAGAAUGUACUCCUCGCUCAAAACACAAGGACAAGGAGUAACUCUCGAGUGUGAUGCGUGAUGCGUUUUCUGAUGUUUGAAGAUGUAUAAGUUAACGUUCCCUCGUGCAAACUUGAAACUGCUGGGGUUUUUUUUUUUUUUGUUGUUGUUGUAUUUUUUUCAAACCUAGAUCGAGAGUGUUUUGUUUUUUUAAACCCUUUCAGAUGCUCCUCUUGAGAUUAAUUUAUCUGAAGAGAAAAAAGUGCUAAACCCAUCUGGUGUCUUUUGAAAGGUUUUCACUUAUUUCAAAUUGAUCAAGUGUGUGAUCAUCUCUGUUUACAGCUGUAUACAUGUGCCUCUUUAUUUGAAAAUGGGCUACUUUACUUUUGUAUGUGUAUCAUUAUUUUCUUUUCUAAAUGAAUAUAUAUAUAUAUAAAUAUAUAUAUAUACAUUGUGGAUAAA